CACGAGACAACAUUCAACCUUGUAGUGAAGGAUACAGUCCCAAGUGUUAUAAAUAUAUUCAACCUUCAUUUGAAAGCGCAUGAACAGAAAAAUAGACGUAAUUUUUACGUGAAAAAUUUUUUGGCGCCAAAAAUUUACUCAGAGCAAAACAUAAAGAGAAAAUCCAAAAUAAAGACAAUUUUUCUAGAAAGUGAAAAUUAAAAAAAAAAAAAUAGUAAAGAAAUUUUGGUAAAAUGGCCAUUGCUUACUUUAUACCGGAUCAGGCGAAAUUACUGGCAGGUCGCCGCCAAAAUCGCGAGUCGGCCAACAAUCAUAACAACAACAGUCCAGGGCCCACUAAUUCCUCAACCGGUAGUCCUGCAGCCAAUUCGAAUCCAGCCUCCUUCAAUCGAGGCUAUGGUACCACCAUCAACCUAACAAUGCCAACAACAAGUUCUGCAGCCGAAUCGGCUGGUUGUUGGGAUUUCCUGUCACAGGUGUUUUGUCAUGCCCUGCGUUUUUACCAUGACUCAUCCCAAAUCCAACCAACGGUCAUACAGAUAUCGGUGAAUUUCCAAAGUCAAACAGCGGCCAACAACAAUGACAACACAGCGAGCCAGGAAAAUUCAACAACUGCAAAUGAAAACGUCAGCCCAGCUACAGAGAACUCAACCAAUGCACAAAAUGGCAACAGCCCACAGCAAGAGACAACUAUGCCGACGGCUCAAUUAUCAAUACCAAGACCAAUAAACAAGGAAAAAUCCAAAGCAAACACCAAUGGAAAAGGGAAAAAUUAAUUUUAAACCAGCUAUGAGUAUAGACUCAAUAGUAGUUUGUAUUUUUUUAUAAGCAUUUUAUUUUUGAUAGUAUCUUCUGAAUUCUCAUGAAAGGGAAUUUUUUGUACUGAAAAAGAAUGCCGUCGCUCUUAAUAUGGCUACAGAUUUUGUUUUUUACGAUUUUCACUUUUUUUGUUAUUGUAGCUCUUAGAGGCUCAAUCAAAGCGUAUUGUGAUUCCAAAAAAGUAAACCAAUAGUAAACUGAUUUACCAAAGUUUCUAACAAAAAAAAAAUUAAAACACAAAAAAUAAUUUUUC